UAGGGACCUCGUAGCUAUAAGUACCCCUGAGUCGUCGUGUUUUAGGGUGCGCUCUCAUAUCCGUCUCACUUAGCCGCAAGACUCCUCUCUCAGAUACUUACUUGCAGCUAUGGGUAAAGAGAAGUUUCAUAUCAACAUUGUGGUCAUUGGCCAUGUCGACUCUGGGAAAUCGACCACAACUGGUCACUUGAUCUACAAGCUUGGUGGUAUUGACAAGCGUGUGAUCGAGAGGUUCGAGAAGGAGGCCGCUGAGAUGAACAAGAGGUCCUUCAAGUACGCAUGGGUGUUGGACAAACUUAAGGCCGAGCGUGAGCGUGGUAUCACCAUCGAUAUUGCUCUUUGGAAGUUCGAGACCACCAAGUACUACUGCACAGUCAUUGACGCCCCUGGUCAUCGUGAUUUCAUCAAGAACAUGAUUACUGGUACCUCCCAGGCCGAUUGUGCUGUUCUCAUCAUCGACUCCACCACUGGUGGUUUUGAAGCUGGUAUCUCCAAGGAUGGUCAGACCCGUGAGCACGCUCUUCUUGCUUUCACCCUUGGUGUCAAGCAGAUGAUUUGCUGCUGUAACAAGAUGGAUGCUACCACCCCCAAAUACUCCAAGGCUAGGUACGAUGAAAUCAUCAAGGAGGUGUCUUCAUACCUGAAGAAGGUCGGAUACAACCCUGAUAAAAUCCCAUUCGUCCCCAUCUCUGGAUUUGAGGGAGACAACAUGAUUGAGAGGUCCACCAACCUUGACUGGUACAAGGGACCAACUCUUCUUGAGGCUCUUGACCAGAUCAACGAGCCCAAGAGGCCAUCCGACAAGCCCCUCCGUCUUCCACUUCAGGAUGUUUACAAGAUUGGUGGUAUUGGAACGGUGCCAGUGGGACGUGUUGAGACUGGUUUGAUCAAGCCUGGUAUGGUUGUGACCUUUGCUCCCACAGGGUUGACCACUGAGGUUAAGUCAGUUGAGAUGCAUCACGAGUCUCUUCUAGAGGCACUUCCAGGUGACAAUGUUGGAUUCAAUGUCAAGAAUGUUGCUGUGAAGGAUCUCAAGAGAGGGUACGUCGCCUCAAACUCCAAGGAUGACCCAGCUAAGGGUGCUGCUAACUUCACCUCCCAGGUCAUCAUCAUGAACCACCCUGGUCAGAUUGGUAACGGAUACGCCCCAGUUCUCGAUUGCCACACGUCCCACAUUGCAGUUAAGUUCUCUGAGAUCUUGACCAAGAUUGACAGGCGUUCUGGUAAGGAGAUUGAGAAGGAGCCUAAGUUCUUGAAGAAUGGUGACGCUGGUAUGGUUAAGAUGACUCCAACCAAGCCCAUGGUUGUUGAGACCUUCUCUGAGUACCCACCAUUGGGACGUUUCGCCGUUAGGGACAUGAGGCAGACCGUUGCUGUUGGUGUUAUCAAGAGCGUGGACAAGAAGGACCCAACUGGAGCCAAGGUCACCAAGGCUGCAGUCAAGAAGGGAGCCAAAUGAUGAGACUUCCGUUAUGAUCGACUCUCUUUAUGGUUCUGUGGUUUAAAAACUCUGGCGUUUGAGCCUUUUUUUUUUCUCUUAUUUCUGUGACUCUUCUUUCUUCUUCUUUUUUGGAUCUCUUGAGACAUUUUUAUUAUGGUUUUCAAUUAUGCAAGUUUCCGGAUAA